AUAUAGUCGAUGAGCAAGAAUUGAAAAAAAACAACAAAACAAAAUGUAUUUCCAGUACUGCUUUAACACAGGUACAAAUACAUAUUGAUAUCACUGUUUUGUCAAAGUGAAUUAAAGAGAUGACGAGAUGUUUCUGUAUGAGAUUUUCCGCCGUGUAAACCCACGGUUACGAUGCCUCCUUCAAGAACCUGUACCGACCACGCUAUAAAUAAUUUUGGAAUUCAUUCCAAACUAAUUUAAUAUAAUCGAAAAGAUUUUCGACUUCUCUAGUUAAGAAAUUUGACUAUGGGGUCUCUAUAAAAUAAUUUUGUUUAAACUUAAGGGCUUGGUUUGACACAAAUGUUUGGCUAUAGACGUAAAUACAAAAAUGAGUAGACAUUUGCAUCAAGGCUUAUCCUUGUCUCAGUGUAAGACCAAUAUUCAUUGUACACGGUUCUGUGAUUUGUUUCGGAAAAUAUGAUUUUAAAAUAUGUUAUCUGUGUCAUAUUUAUACUAAAAAGUUUAUAUGUUUUAACAUCCGGACAACCUAAAUUACAUUUCUUUCGAAGUGAUUACAAAUAUUUAGAUGCUACACGUAGUUUUUAUAAAAUACAUAAAGCGAAGACAUGGCGGGACGCGAAGGUGAAGUGUGAUUUAGAAGGCGCAAAGCUCUUUUAUCCUAAGAAUAUUAACGAACGAGACGUGGUUAUUAGCUACAUAAAUAAAAUUAACCGGAACAUAGAUUCCAUUUAUAUUGGUAUUAACGCAGUGACCAAAGGGGUUUUUCAAAGUGUUGACGGGGUACCAAUAAAAGACGUGUACAAUCAAUGGAUGUCUGGAGAACCAAACGACAUCACCGCCGAAGAUGAUUGCAUCGUUAUGAACAAAAUCGGGCUUUAUAAGGAUGAUAAAUGCAACCGACGGUUACCCUAUCUUUGUAAGAAAACUAUGGAAUCAUUCACACAAUGGAAUAAUGAAUGCAACGUUCCAUUUUUGGAGUAUAAAUUCAAUAAGGAAUUGAAUAAAUGCUACAAGUUUCACACACUACCUAAAUCUUGGGUGGAUGCGGCGCAAACUUGCGAAGCUGAACAAGCCUACUUGGCAAUACCAAACAGUCAAGAAGAAGCUAGUUAUUUAUCGAAAAUAACUAACGAGAAUCCAAAAAAUUACAGUGGAAGUUAUCUAAGUGGAGCAGUACAUUUGGGAUAUCGCUUUGAUGAAACACUAGAUGACUGGAUAACCGUCAAAGGUGAUACUUUGGAGCAGGCUGGUUACUUUGUAUGGAACUACUACAAGCCGGACGGUGGAGAACAGGAGCAUUGCGGCGGCAUGUUUUACAACGGACAACUCAACGAUAUCAGCUGUGAAGCUCAACAUUGCUAUUUCAUUUGUGAGAGAGACAAUGAUAAUCUCAAUGCGAUUUUAUAACCUAAUCGGUGUAAAAAUAGAAAAGAGUUUAGUAUUGUCAACCAAAUGAAAGCAUUAACAAGUCUAUUUUUUCUUUUUUUCUGUGUCUUACUUUACAGAUUUCUAUUUUUUUUUAUUUAAAUACUUGAAUUUAAUUAAAACGUUAAUAAAACAAAUAAAAUAUUAAACUUAUUCUUGUCAUCUAUGUUUUGUCUUUGUAA